CACGGCCCGAUGACCAUGCAAUAGCAGCUUCCCAGUACCAAUCCCGCCCUCUCCCGCCUCUUGCCCCUGGCCAGCACAUGCACCGUUUCUCCGCGCCAAGGCCGGGGUCUCGCUGCAGCCACCCAGCUGCCACCCAAGCAACCAAGUCAGCCAGGCACCAACCACUGUGGUAGUCUGUCUGGUGCUGGUCUAACAAGUUUGUAAGACGGCCAGCAGAUGCCAUGGUCGUCAUUCGACGUCAGCUGUUCCCUGCCUGAGGAUCGUGAGGGGAAGCCUGAAGCCUACACACAAGCCCUUGUUGGGUGUGGAUACGAGCUCCCUUCGAACAGGCUCUCGCUUACUGGGGAAAUGUCUGGCCCAGCCUCUAAUGUCAAGACAAUAUAAGAAGGUCUCAUGUCACUCCUCCCAUCUCUGACUCGGACCUCUCCUCACUCCCAACCUGCACGCGCCAGCCCUUGGCACCGCCAGAGCAAGAGGGCAGAAUAAACAUCACCGCCACGCGCCCCCUCACCAUGGCAAAGCCAGCCCUCCUCCACUGGCUCUUUGCCACCCUGGCGUACGCAGCCCCUCCCUCCUCUGUGGCGCUCAGAGAUGCACCCGGCGACGACCUCCUCGCUGCCUGUCCCGGCUACUCGGCUUCCAAUGUCAAGACCACGGCUACCGGCCUCACGGCCGACCUGGCCCUGGCAGGGCCUGCGUGCAAUGUGUACGGCGACGACCUGCAGGACCUGACCCUUGAGGUCACAUACGAGACUGCUACCCGCAUCCACGUCAAGAUCCAGGACGCAGCAAACUCCGUCUACCAGGUCCCCGAGUCCGUCUUCCCCCGCCCAUCCGCCAGCUCCGCCAGCUCCGCCGGCAACGGCACAUCAGCACUCAGGUUCGGCUAUGUCGAGUCGCCCUUCUCCUUCAACAUCUCGCGCGCCGACACCGGUGAGCUCCUGUUCGACACAUCGGCCGCCAGCCUCGUCUUCGAGUCGCAGUAUCUGCGCCUGCGGACCAGCCUGCCUGACGACCCGAACUUGUACGGCCUGGGCGAGCACUCGGAUCCCUUCCGCCUCAACACCACCGACUACAUCCGCACGCUGUGGUCGCAGGACUCAUACGGCAUCCCCAACGACGCAAACCUGUACGGAAACCACCCCGUCUAUUUCGAGCACCGCGGGGCCGCCGGCACCCAUGGCGUCUUCCUGCUCAACUCCAACGGCAUGGAUGUCUUCAUCAACCGCACCGACGAGGCCGGCCAGUACCUCGAAUACAAUACGCUCGGCGGCAUCUUCGACUUUUACUUUGUCGCCGGCCCCGGCCCCCUGGACGUCUCGCGCCAGUACGCUGAGAUCGCGGGCCUGCCGGCCAUGAUGCCCUACUGGGGCUUCGGCUUCCACCAGUGCCGCUACGGUUACCAAGACGUCUUCGACGUCGCUGAGGUUGUCUACAACUACAGCCAGGCCGCCAUCCCCUUGGAGACCAUGUGGACUGACAUCGACUAUAUGGAGCUUCGCCGGGUCUUCUCACUUGACCCCGAGAGGUUCCCUCUUGACCUCGUCCGGCAGCUUGUAGACCACCUGCAUGAGAACGACCAGCAUUACAUCGUGAUGGUUGACCCAGCGACUGCCUACUACGACUACCCAGCUUUCAACCGUGGAGUCGAGGACAACAUCUUCCUGCUCCGCGAGAACGGCUCUGUCUGGCAGGGCGUCGUCUGGCCAGGUGUCACCGCUUUCCCCGACUGGUUCGCCUCGAAUAUCUCGUCGUAUUGGAACAACGAGUUUGCACUUUUUUUUGACCCAGACACUGGAGUUGACAUCGAUGCCCUCUGGAUCGACAUGAAUGAGCCAUCCAACUUUGCUUGCAAUUUCCCUUGCGACAAUCCUUACGAGCAAGCAGAAACCAGCGGCAACCCACCCGAGCCGCCGCCUGUACGGACAUGGCCGCGUCCGCUACCGGGUUGGCCUUGUGCUUUCCAGCCACCAGGAUCGGACUGCAACACAACUGCACAGAUCGGGUCAAGGAGCAUUCGUGAGAGCGGCCUCGAGGUUCGAGGGUCGCUCCGGGGCCAGCCUAGAGGGCCGACGCCCGAACAAGUCGAUCUCCGUGUCCGCCAAGAGCCAGGACAGCAGCUUGGUCUGCCUGGGCGUGAUCUGCUGUAUCCCAAGUAUGCGAUUCACAACAAAGCCGCAUACCUUCCGGAAUGGAAUGCUGCAGAAGGAGGGCUCUCGAAUCACACCGUGAACACGGAUCUCAUCCACCAAAACGGCCUGACAAUGUACGAUACGCACAACCUGUACGGAUCCAUGAUGUCUGUGGCAUCUCGUGAGGCAAUGCUUGAGCGACGACCUGAACUGCGGCCCCUGAUCAUCACCCGCUCCACCUUCGCUGGUGCCGGUGCAAAGGUGGGUCACUGGCUCGGCGACAACCUCUCAAACUGGGCUCAGUACCGUGAGUCUAUCCGGACCAUGCUGGCCUUCGCCUCUGUCUACCAGGUUCCCAUGGUUGGUUCCGACGUGUGCGGUUUUGGCGACAAUACGACCGAGCCGCUCUGUGCUCGCUGGACGCUGCUCGGUGCAUUCCAGCCUUUCUUCCGAAACCACAAUGGGUAUGUUCCCAAUAUCCCUCAGGAGUUUUACCGCUGGGACACUGUCGCCGAGGCGGCGCGCAAGGUACUCGACAUCCGUUACCGGCUGCUCGAUUACAUCUACACAGCGCUGUACCAGCAGACCGUCGAUGGGACGCCGCUGCUCAACCCCGUGUUCUAUCUCUAUCCAGAGGACGAGGAGGCGUUCGGGUUGGAGUUGGAGUACUUCUACGGCAACGCCCUGCUUGUGGCACCCGUGACGGAAGAGAAUAGCACGAGUGUCGAUGUCUACUUCCCCGACGACAUCUUCUACGACUGGUACACCGGCGUACAGGUCGCCACGACCGGCGGCUACACCACGCUGACGGACCAGAAUCUGACCGAUAUCCCGCUGUUCCUCCGAGGCGGCGUGAUCGUGCCGCUGCGGACCGAGUCGGCCAUGACCACCACAGAACUGCGGCAGAAGGACUUCGAGCUGGUCAUCCCGCUCGGCGCCGACGGCACCGCGCGUGGCCAGCUGUACCUAGACGAUGGCGUCAGCCUGGACCAAGGCGACGCAACCACCCUCGUGCAGUUUGAGUACGCGGACGGCAAGCUCGCAGCCACUGGCAGCUUCGGCUAUGGCGACGCCGUUAACGUGGCCAAGGUCACCAUCCUGGGCGGGCCUGCGUCCGGCAACGACACCGCCGUGCUGAAGGACGCACUCAGCGGCGCAGUGAGCUUCAACUUGGACAAGCCGCUCACUGAGGGGUUCGAGGUACAGCUGUCCUGAGUCCGAGGUUGGCGGGAUAUUGUCGAUAGAUAGCCACUCAGUCACUCCGUCCAAACUUACAUUUUCCCCAUCCUACACAACAAACAGUGACUAUGUACAUGCAGAUUCAUGGGUCGAAAAUCACGCGGAAUCAUGGAGUGAGUCUCUUGAUCCACAAGGGCAGCGUUCGACGUUCAGCAUAAAGUGAACACCCCUAGAACGUGCACUAGCGUACCGCGGUGGAGG